UCUAAUUAUUUUUUUAAAUAAUCCCAAAAAAAAAAAAAUAGUGUACAAUGUGGGGUGAGCUUAUCACUCCCACUGGAUAUUGUGACGGUUUAAGUUACAUGAGAAAAAAUAUAUGAGAGAGAGAAAGAGGUCUCAACGGUUUCCAACACCUAUUCUUUCUUACCACAAAUACACAAACAAAGCAUAAGUACUUGCUAGGCUUUUUAGAGAGAGAGAGAGAAGGAGUUUCUAGUGAGAGAAAGGGGUAGAGGAGAGAGUUCUUUCUACUUUGAGGUUCCAUUUAUCAUUAGUUCAAUUUUUAUUCUGGUUUUGUUUUGUUUUGUGGUCUGAAUUUUUCAGGUAUGGAGAACAAAGUGGAUGAGGUUGUGUCUGUUGAGCUUCCAGCUCCUCCUGCUUGGAAAAAACUGUUUGUGCCAAAGAAGGCAGGAACACCAAGGAAAACUGAGGUUAUUUUUAUCGCACCUAGUGGGGAAGAGAUAUCGACUAGAAAGCAAUUGGAGCAGUACCUAAAAUCACAUCCUGGGAAUCCUCCUGUAUCGGAAUUUGACUGGACUACUGGUGAGACUCCUCGGCGAUCUGCAAGAAUCAGUGAGAAGGUGAAGGUAACCCCACCACCACCAGAAAAUGAGCCACCCAGAAAACGUCGAAGAUCAUCAAUCUCGAAGAAGGACAAGAAAGAAGGGGAAGUUGCUCAUGAAGAAAAUGAAGCACAGGCUGCUGAAAAGACAGAUGCUGGAGCUGAUGGGGCCGGGAAUGGUAGCAAUGUGGAAGAAAAUAACAGUACUAAGAUUGAUGAUGCUAUUAUGAUUGAAGAAACUAAAGGUGAGAGUGAUACUAAGGAUAAGGAAAGUGAUGAGCAAGUAGUUGCAGAAGCAGCUGCAGAAGAACAACUUUUGGGUGAAGCUGUGGCUACUGAGAAUGGAAAGGAAAGCUUUCCCAAAGUUGAAGCUGAGAAAGCAAAUGAGAAUGCCCAAAAAGAAACCGAGACUUCUACUGUAACUGCAGUUGAGGUAGAGAAAGUGAAUGAGAAUGUCCAGAUAGAAACUGAGACUACUACUGUAACUGCAGCUGAGGUAGAAAAAGUGAAUGAGGAUGUCCAGAUAGAAACCGAGACUGCUACUGUAACUGCAACUGAGGUAGAGAUGGUGAAUGAGAAUGUCCAGAUAGAUAUCGAGACUGCUACUGUAACUGCAGCUGAGGCAGAGAUAGUGAAUGAGAAUGUCCAGAUAGAAACCGAGACUACUACUAUAACUGCAGCUGAGGUAGAGAUAGUGAAUGAGAAUGUCCAGAUAGAAACUGAGACUGCUACUGUAACUGCAGCUGAGGCAGAGAUAAUGAAUGAGAAUGUCCAGAUAGAAACCGAGAUUGCUACUGUAGCCACAGCCGAAGCAGUAAAAACAAAUGAGAAUGUCCAGAAAGAAACCGACACUGCUACUAUAACCGCAGCUGACACAGAGAAAGCAUAUGAAAAUGUCACUGCUUUUGUAACCGCAGAAGCAAAUGGAGGAGCAGAGAAAGAGGAUCCUAGUGGAGUGGCACCUCCAUCCCAAGCAGAGACUAAGGGGGUUGAUGUUGAGGAGAAUAUCACGAAGGCGGAUGAGGGUGUUGUUGAUCACGGAAAGGUUGACCAUAUGGGGCGAGUUGAUGCCCCACAACAACCUCCGGCACCCUCCCCAGUGAGCUGCUGAACGUUACGUGGUAGAGCUAUCAAUUCAAUUUCCCCUGUGCAUUUUGUAAUACUCUAGUCAAAGGUAAAGGUAAUUUAUGAUGAAUUGGGUAGCCCCAGAAUUUAAUGGAUGACUGUAAUUCUAAUAUUAAAAUCUAUGUUAGCUUUAUUUGUAUGUAGCUUUAGUAGAUUAGGAGGUAGAUUUUGAUAUGUUGGGCAGGAGCUUUAUUGUAGGAGUAAUAAGGUAAGACAUCUUAUGUGGGUUAGUUUCUCUUUUCUUGUGCUGUAGAGUUUAGGUUAUAGCUUCUGCUCUGUUGGUACGCUAUUUACCGUAAUUGCUGAUGUUGGUAACUAAAACUGUCAUUAAAUGUUCUUAUGAUACAAUUUAUUUGUUAUUA